UUUGUCCUCACAGUGGGAGUGUUCCUCCUCAUUCAAGGGUUUCCUCUCCUUCUCCAGCGCUGCUGUCAUUCACAACCAGAAAAGACACAAAGGCAGAUCACAGAUGAAGGUGUAAAGCUCAAAGCUGGUUUAAGUGAGGGUUUGUUUCGGCGGAGGCUCGUCUGAUCUGACGCCUCGCGCAGGUGCUUCGUUUCCCGCAUCGAUCAGCUGAGCAUCCGACGGUCUGAGUGUUUGCUAAGUGGACUGAGCCAUAAACAGGCUUCCCGUCUGGAUCUCUGCCAUUGCUCUCUUCCUGCUCUCCUUUCCCUGGAUCCUCAGGCUGCAGAACACCCCCACCAUCCCUCAUCAGACCUAGAGCCCCGUCCAGAAGAGCCAGAGCCCCUUAGGGCCCACGGGCACAGCGGCACUUUAAGACUGUCUGCGAGUCAUGAGUGAAUUCUGGUUGUGCUUCAACUGCUGUAUCGCCGAGCAGCCGCAGCCGAAGAGGCGGAGACGUAUAGAUCGGAGUAUGAUCGGCGAGCCGACUAAUUUUGUCCACACGGCCCAUGUAGGCUCUGGAGAUAUCUUCAGUGGCAUGAACUCUGUGAACUCCGUUCAGAACCAAAUGCAGUCUAAAGGAGGCUAUGGAGGAGAGGCCAUGUCUGUUAAUGUACAGAUGCAGCUGGUGGAUACAAAAGCAGGAUAAUCCGUGUUGUUGGAAGGGGUGAGUAAACCACUCUUUAA